AUGUCGUCUAACGACGAUCUUUAUAGGGAAGGGGGCGCUUUAGGAGUUUACUCGUACUAUUACCAGACGAAAAAGGACAACUUCAACAAAGUCAGAUUGACAUCUCCGAUAAGAGGACAAACCAUGACUAGCGUUAACGGUGGCCAUCUGCCUCCUCCAAGACUACAGACUCCCAUUUCUGUGAACCGCGCGCCCCGCCUAGACAUCAUGAGUCCGCACCCCAUUGACGAGGACCUCUUGAUACCCAACAAGGAGCUCGUUGCGGACGCUAUACAGCGAAGGCCCCUUAUCAGGCCUUCCAACCUGGACCUGUGGAUCAGGGUGAUGUCGCAGCUGGCAGGCAAGGACAAAGUUGGCAAGUGUAUUCAGUACGGACUACGAAUCCUGAUUGCCUACUCCAUUAGAGCUCGCAAAACACAAUUCCUCAACAACUUCAAGCUGACAAGCGUAGACUUCAACGGGAAAACCGCGGACGUGCUUCGACAGCUUGUUGCGCGGCCAGAAUUGAUAGUGGUGUUAUUUCUGGGCCAGUUCGAGGCCAGGUUCGUCGGCCUUACCAAAAUCCUCUCGAUUUACAGACAGAUGCUACGGGCCGGUACUGUGCCGACGAAAAUCCUCAAGAUGUUAUCCCGAGUUUCCGAGACUGUGGGUCUUUUGCAGUCGUCAGAAAAAGCGUCCACGAAGCUGCAGCGACUGAAGUCUGACUGGUGCAAUUUCAAGUCGUUGGGUGAGAUUUGCGCGCUGUAUUACGCCUGGUUCGACGAGUCACUGCUCGCGUACAAGAUCGGCCUUCUGGACGAAAAGACGACUCCCAACUACCGCAAAUUUGCUGUCAGACACGAGGCGCUUGCGUGGUAUACAAAUAUCAUACUGGGACUUCGUACACAGUUCGAGAAGCUGUCCCAAUUGAGCAAUAAGGAGAACUCUUUGAAGAUCAACUACCAAGUCAAACAGCGCGCCAAACGGCUUGUUUCGACGAUCAAACCCGACCAGUCCCCGAUCUCACUAUACGCGUCGCUGGAAAACACAGAUACAAAAACACAGUUGGUGCAGUACUCUACAGAGCUGAAGAAAAUAUCCAAGGAAAAAUACAUGGUGCAGCUCGAGAUCCUCAAGCUGCUAUGCGAUUUCGCUUAUGACACAGUCAACGUGUUCCAUUUGAAGGUUGAUGAGCCCGUGCAUCUUCUUUUUGGGCUCGGAGCAGGAGCGAUUUCUUUGUCGAAAAUAUGGAUAGCCGAAAAAGAGAAGAUGGAAAAGGAGCUAAAUCCAGGCCUAAAUUAA